AUGCCUUCUCCAGCUACACAUUAUCGUCGCAGAAAUAAUCUUCUGCGUAAAAAUUAUUGGAAAACAACAAUUUUACCAUCCAAUCUAUCAAAGAAAAGUACUACUGAUACGUCGGAUGCUCAACAAUUACCUGCUGAACAAAUUGAUUCAACAGAAUUAAAUUCUGCAACAGUAAUAACAAAUAAGGAUGAUUUACACGAUUCUUGUAAAUCAAUCAAUGAUUUAUCACCUACAUUUAAUCGUCGUUUUUUACUAACAUCUCGUGAUAUUGUUGCUGCUGUUAUGAUUUAUAAAGUUAGACGUUUACAAAACAAUAAAGAUAUUGAUUCACUUUGUAAAUUAUUUAAUGCUUUGUCUGUGAAUCUAUUCCCAAAGAGUAUGAAAGCUAUUCAACGACAGCUUCAUCCAGAUUUUGAUUUAAAUAAAUUUUACAAAUUUUACAGAAUAUGUUCCAAUUGUGGUGCAUAUGAUUCAAAUUCUAUGUUUAAAUGUAAAUCUUGCAAUGAUGCAUUAAUAUUCAAAUUUUAUUUAUGCUCUAUCAAACAACAAAUUCAACAAUUAUUAUCAAUUUUUGGUUUUUUCACUAGAUUAAAAGAAGAGAAAAUUAACAAUAUUAAUUUAUUCUCAAGUACUAAAUAUGGAGAAAUUCUCCGAGAAAUAGAAGUUAAUGCGUUUACAUUGAUGAUUAGUUUUGAUGGAGUAUCUACUGGAAAUAAAAACUUAUCAUUAUGGCCAUUUACUAUGAUAUUUAAUGAGUUACCAAUUCCAGAGCGUCGAUAUUUAGAAAACAUACUUAUAGCUGGUAUCAUACCAACCGGAAAAAAACCAACUAAUCAUGUUGUUCAAACAUGUUUACAACUUAUAUAUGAACAGUUAAUUACAUUAGAAUUAGGACAAGAAUUUUUUAUAAAUGAUCUUGAUCAACGAGCAGUUAUUCAUUUUUAUAAUAUAGCAAGUUGUACAGAUAAACCAGCUGAAGCAUUAAUGGCAAAUGUCGUUCUAUACAAUGCUGAAUAUGGGUGCCCUAAAUGUUUUCAUGCUGGUGAAUUAUAUCAUGGUCAAAGAGGAUCUGGUGCUAAUGCUGUUACCUUUACAAUACGUGUUUAUCCAUUUGUUGAUUGUGAGCUUCGUACACAAGAAAAAUACAUUCAAAUCGUUCAACAAUUAACUAAUCGUUUAAAACCAAUCAAUAAUAAUUCAAGCUGUACCAAAAAGAAAACUGUAUCGAAAAAAACGAAAAAGAGAAAAGAGAAAAAAAUAGCUCAUUUUGGUCAUCUUGGUUCUUGUCCAUUAACCAAAUUAAAAUAUUUUCAUUAUGGAACAUCUUUUCUCACGGAUUCUCUUCAUACAAUAUAUGCUGGUGCUUUCAAACAACUUUUACAUCUUUUAUUUCAUUCAGAAUAUCGAAAUAAAUCUUGGUCUUUAUUUACGAAAAUAACACAAAUAGAUGAAUCAUUAACAUUGGUACAAACUCCAUCAACAACACAACGUAGAUUUCGUUCAUUGAAAUUUAUUAGUAAAUAUAAAGGAAGUGAAUAUCGAUGUUUAUUUCAUUUUGGUUUAACAAGUCUUGUUCGACAUAUUAAUGAUAAUGGAUUGAAAAAUCUAUUAUUUUCAUUCGUGUCAGCAAUUAAUCUUGCAUCUUCGAAUUAUGUAACAGAUGAAACUAUUGAAAUUGUUGAAAAAUUAUUACAUUAUUUCGUUCAACGUUUUGAAGAAAUAUUUGGUAUACGUCAUAUGAGUUCAAAUAUCCAUUCUUUAUUACAUGUUCAUCAAGGUUUAAGUGUAAUGGGGCCAUUAUGGUUUUAUUCAACAUUUUCAUUUGAAGGUAUUGACAAAGAUUUGGUUAGUACAGUUCAUGGUACAACUGAAUUUGCUAAACAACUUAUUCGACAACAUAUUUUAUAUCGUGAUUCUCUAGUUCUUCAUAAACAUGAAUCUUAUCCAUUGAUAUUGUUUACAUUCAAUGAAGAAUUACUUGAUCGAAAACAAUCAAAUAUUCAUUAUAAAAAUUUUGUUGACUCAUGUUUUUUAUCUAAUCCUGUAUCUAAAGAUUUAUAUGAUACAAGUGAAAAUGGUAUAGCUACACGUGUACAAUCACUAUUUAAUGAUGAUUUAAUUUUCUAUCAUUCUUUGAUAAUAUCAGGUGUUUUAAUAAAGACUACUGUGACUGCUUACGGAAAAUUAGUUGCUGACAGUUGUAUCUCAUUCAGUUUUGCCGAUGAUCAAGUAAAAUAUGGUCUUAUUCGAGCAAUUGUUCAAUCAAAAAAAAAUACCGUUCGUCUUUUCAUCGAAGAACUUGUGGAAAUUAAAUCUGGAGCAUCAAAAAUUAAAUUUAAUAUUUCUAAUGAUCAAUAUCAAGUACCUAAUAUUUUACGAUUAAGACCAUCAACAAUUUUCCAUCUGAAGCAUCCAAAAUUUAUCUUAAAAAAAAAUGCUUGUAUAUGUGAACCUGGUAAUCGUGUUACUGUUUUAGAAUAUCCUAACUUAAAAGACAAUAGUUAA